UUGGUUGUCUACUACAGUCCAUCCCACGGCCUUGUCCCGACUUUCCGUUUCGUCAAUCUCUGACAAGGCCCUCGACUAUCCCUUCCCUCUCCUAGCCAUCAUCACCGUCAUCAUCCAUUCGCCACUCUUCCACUCGGUCUCCAUCCACUACUGGUCCCGUGGCACACGCACGGCCUCGCCUCCCGUUCGUUCACACUGCGAGCAAAACCACGUUUCCCAGCACCGUCAUAUCCCUCCUCUAGGGCGUCCUUCUCCCCAACAGCCUUGCGCCACUUGCCACCCAUCGUCAUCGCUCCGGUAAGAUCCAGCAAAAGAGGUUACAAGGGCGCAGGGACUUUGGACUCAAAAAAAGUAACAAGACACUUCGACAAUCGUUUGGCCAUUGUUUGUUCAAAGACAAUCCGCAGCGUGAAACAAUUGCUUCUUCCUCCGACUCCUUCUCGUGUGAAACCCACAACAGAGCGGCAACAUUGUUCCAUUUUGACUGCUCCUUGCCCACAAGUCAAGGCCUCCGUUGUUGCCGAUCAAGCCCCCUCUCUCUGAACGACGUAACCCGCCCGUGGCACAAGCGAGGCAGAAGUCCCCACCAAAAGACCCCCCAGGACUGCGCCAACUACUGCCAACGAGGCAAGCUAUGGGCCUGCUUGGUUACCUUUCCUGGGUACCGCGGCAAGCAGAACCAAAACUCGACGCCGCCAAUCCUACUUGCUUGGGCUUUGAUCAUCACAACCCAAGGCAAAAUCUAAGUUAAUCAUCCACUCGACUGACGCUGUUUCUCGCACACGAACCUCUCACACACCGACAGCCUCUGACCCUGUUCGCCCGGAAACCCAAAAUUCCUUCCCCUACUCCAUCCUCUCCCCCCGAGUACUCAUACUGCUCCCGUCCCGCCAAGCAGCUACCUCGACACCCUAGGACAGUGCAUUGCCGGAUACUUGUUCUCACACACCUUGCCAUUCCUCUUUCCUCUUCUGCAAGCCACCGCUAUACCUCCAACAACCGCUUGUCUGGCCCAUACCGAUUCAACGGGGUCAGCCUCGUUGAAUGUCUGGACAACUCCCCUCGACCGCCCUCAAGUAGUAGUCAGUGCACCCUCUGCGCGAAAGAAAAAAGGACAGGCCAAUGCGUCCUUCGACACCUCCCGGAAUUAGGUCGACCAGAGCUGUAAUAACAAGCCGGGCGAUUCCAAGAUCCCGUACUGAAAGUGUCGACACCAAAUGCACAGAGGUCCAUCAUCGCCCCAGACUACGGGUUUCUUUCCUCGACCUUUCUCUAUGACUGGGUCGCAUCCUACAGAAAUCCCCGUCCGACCUUCGAUAUCACCGUCGAUAUCAAGCGGCUCCUCCUCUUCUUCCUCUUCCGACUCUGACUGUUCGAGUCACCACCCAACCUCUUCUCGGCCGGGGUCCAGACGUUCACGUAUGGACAGACCUCGACUGGGUGACAGACAACGAUCCAACACGAUCAUAGUACCCAAAGGGCGAGACGUGGUCCAAAAGGAAAAGCCGCAAUACCCACCAGACGACGCUAGAGCCAUGAGUCCGCGAAGGAACAGCGAAGACAUUGAAAGACUGGAGCGAGGUGUUCGCGAGAGCCUCAAAGAACAAGCUCGAAGUCUUCAGUCUUCACUAGCCGCAUUGGCCGAAAAAAUAGACGAGGUCAAGAGUGAUCACGACAAACUGGAAAACGAGAAUCGCUUUCUGCAAGAUUACAUUGGUGGUCUCACGAGGACCAUGUCGAGAGACAAUCUGGGCAGAAGUGGCAGCGUGAGAAAAGGCAAACGAUGAACGACUUUUACGACUCCCGCAUAUCCCCUCCCUUUCGUGGUCGCCGCCGACGACCAUCUGUUACAGCAUCGCGGUUUGGAACGCACAGUUAAUAUGAUCCCAGAUCCGCGUUACCCUCAGGAAUACGUGCGAGGGCAAAAAGAAUCUGGGAUGGAGAGUUUUGUUUCGCCAUCAUUCGUUCAGAGUUACAUUUUUAUGAUACCCACGCCUUCGACACUGGCUGCGCACAGGAAACGAGGUCACUUUAUUUGGACAAAGCCUCCUGGAUACUUAUCGUCGUCGGCAAGUUUCAUUCGACGAGACAUUAUCCGCGACCGUUUUGGAUUUUUUCUUUCUCUUUUAUACAGGUUUCCAUCGUCCUUGAGACCGGUUUGUGCUCAUCAUGGUUGCCGGAAGGGGAGAGCCUUCGUGGUAUGAUCUCAAGGAGCUGCAUACUUCUGUACAAUAUAGGGCGGGGGAGCAUAUCAUGGCGUUUUUAUGUUGCAAGGGUUCUGAUGGGGGCAAUGCAAGAGGUCACUCACGGUUUGCCAAAUCCCUUGUUUUUGGAUCCGAGUGUACAUUGCUGAAAAAGACCGGGGUUUGUUUUUUACAAUGGAAAGAAGGGUUAAUGAUGACAGUACACAGCUGGCCGGUCAGCUAUGACGACCAAUCAUGUGGCAUCUAGCUGAUGCUUUUUUUAUGACACAAAGCUUCGAUAGCUACAAACAAAAAGACAGGAACCAGGGGAAGGAGAGAGAGGGAGAGAGAAAGGCACUGACCAAGUGUAGUGUUCUUUUGGGGUCGUCGUUGGUCUUCCCUACCUACCCUUCCUUGCGAGGGGGGUUAGUUUGGUAUAUGUUGCCGAUGUACCUAGGUAUCGAGUUCCUCUGGUCCUUUGGCUUGGUGAGGUUUUAUGAUGCCCAAAGCUUCACACCUUGCCUGCAAUGAAAAUUGCACUUAUUACAUUUUACA